AAAAUUAAAAUUUUAAAUUAAUAAUCUUUAGACCAGCUACUGCAUAGAAAAAUGAUAGAUCAGAUCUAUAGCUAUAGUAGAUCUAUCUAUAUUAUAUGACUAUUAGUAUUAGAGAUUGUUUCACAAAGAUGCCAUUUAAAUAUGAGAAUUCUAUGAGAAGGAAUAGAGGAGGUCCAUAUAAAACAAAACCUGCGACAGAUCUCACUAGGUGGCGACUGUCUAAUGUGGAAGGACGUCAAACAUGGCAAUAUUUUGAAAAAGUAGAGGAGACACCUCGUGAACAGACUUUAUUAGAAAAACAUUCCCUAGGAUUGGACACUAGUGCCGAGGCGCCAGAUUUACCAAAGGCUGAGAAAGCUCAAGAUGCAGCUCUAAAUGGGAUGAAGUUUUACUCGAAGCUUCAAGCUGAAGAUGGUCACUGGGCUGGUGACUACGGGGGCCCUCUGUUUCUAACCCCAGGCCUUGUCAUUGUUUGUCAUAUUUCAAGGACACCCUUCACAGAACAUCAAAAAUUGGAGAUGAUUCGUUAUUUGAGAUCUGUUAUGUGCCCUGAUGGAGGUUGGGGCCUACACAUUGAAGGACCUCCAACAGUUUUUGGAUGUACGUUAAACUAUUGCGCUAUGAGAAUGCUGGGAGUGUCUAAAGAUGACCCUGACCUUGUCAAAACUAGAACUCUGCUGCAUAAGCUUGGUGGUGCUGCUGGUAUACCAUCAUGGGGAAAGUUUUGGCUGUCGGUUUUGAAUGUUUAUAGCUGGGAAGGUUUGAACUCCUUGUUUCCUGAAAUGUGGAUUCUACCCAAAUGGUUACCCUUCCAUCCAUCCAAAUUGUGGUGUCAUUGUAGACAAGUCUAUCUUCCCAUGGCUUACUGUUUUGGAAGAAGGAUUGCUGCACCUGAAGAUGAUAUAAUCAGACAAUUAAGAAAGGAAAUUUAUGUGGAAGACUUUGACCAGAUCAACUGGCCAGCACAGAGGAAUAAUAUUUCCCCAGCUGACUUGUACUCACCACACUCUUGGCUUUUGGAUCUAGCUUACAAAAUCCUAAAUGUGUAUGAAAAAGUUCAUAUUGGGUUUAUAAGGAAGAUUGCUCUGCGUUCCAUGUAUGACCAUAUUUGUGCUGAUGAUAAAUUCACAAAGUGCAUUAGUAUUGGACCUAUUUCCAAAACCAUCAACAUGUUGAUUAGAUACCAUGAAGAAGGUCCUUCCAGUAAAGACUUCCAGUUACAUCAAUACAGAGUUCAGGAUUAUUUAUGGCUUGGCUUGGAUGGCAUGAAAAUGACAGGAACCAAUGGGAGUCAGUUGUGGGACACAGCCUUUGCAGCACAUGCUUACUUGGAGGCUGGAGCUUACAAUAAACCUGAGUUUAAAGACUGCUUAGUUUCUCUGCAUGAGUUUCUUCGAAUCACACAGAUCCCAGAAAACCCUCCCAACUAUAAGAAGUAUUACAGACAAAUGUCUGAGGGAGCGUUUCCUUUCAGUACUAGAGAUUGUGGAUGGAUUGUGGCUGACUGCACAGCUGAAGGAAUCAAAGCUGUCAUCAAGUUACAAGAAAAAUGUCAACUUAAGAAUUUGAUUGCAAAGGAAAAGUUGUACAGAGGAAUAGAUGUGAUUUUAGAUAUGAGAUGUGAUGACAAAGGUUGGGCCACCUAUGAAAACAAGAGAGGGGGGCGGAUGCUGGAAUUGUUAAAUGCCUCUGAAGUUUUCGGAGACAUCAUGAUAGACUAUACUUACGUGGAGUGCACCUCGGCAUGCAUGCAAUGCUUAACUACAUUCGCUAAGGCCUACCCAGAGUAUCGCAACUAUGAAAUUCAAACAGCUCUACGGGAAGGCCUCAAGUAUAUUGAAUCCAAACAGAGACCAGAUGGCUCAUGGGAAGGCAGUUGGGGUGUCUGUUUCACGUAUGGUGCCUGGUUUGCUCUUGAGGGCUAUGCUUGCAUGGGCUACACCUACGGCAGUGGAAACAAAGUUCCUAGUGCAGUGAAGAAAGGAUGUGAUUACUUAAUCUCUAAACAAAUGGAAGAUGGGGGCUGGGGAGAAAACUUUGAAUCUUGUGAGAUUAGAGAGUAUGUCAACAGUGAAACAUCUCAAGUGGUGAACACAUGUUGGGCUCUGAUGGGGCUGAUGGUCGUUAGAUAUCCUGAUCUUGAAGUAAUAGAAAAUGGAAUCAGACUUGUGAUGUCUAGACAGUUACCAAAUGGGGACUGGCCUCAGGAAAAUGUCAGUGGUGUCUUCAAUAAAUCUUGUGCCAUUAGUUAUACAUGUUACAGAAAUGUCUUCCCAAUCUGGACUCUUGGAAGAUUCGCAAGACAGUAUCCAGAAAGCUCAUUAGUUCGCACGUGAACAGUCAUUCAUUUGUAGAAAAAUGUGCCUCACACAAUGUUUCUGUUUAUCAGUAUUUUUUUAGAUAAUUUAUUAUAAUGUGCAAUUAGUAAUUCAUCAUCUUUGAAAAGAGUGAUCAGAUUUGUACUGGCAUAUACAAAUGUAUAGCAUGUGUAAUAAACUAGCAAAAAACUAACAGUGAUGUAUUUGCAUGCUACUAAUGCAGGACUAAAUGUUUAUUACUUGUUACAGCAUCUAUCUGUAAGACUAAAACUGUUUUAUUGAUCCUGAUUGGAGAUUUUUUUGUGUGAUUUCAAUGACUCUUUAUUUUCAAUUUAAAAAAACAGUACUAUUUAAAACAUGCCAAUCUAAGAAGUUGAUUUAGAAUGCAACAUAAUGAGUUGUAUGUUGUUGCACAACCUCAGUGUUGUGGGACCAAUCCUUAAACAUCUAGUGCUCAAAGUUGUUUGUUAUUUUGGUUCAUCCUUUGACAUUUUUCAUUGGGGUGCUGUGACAGUUUGCUUAACCAAAUCCCUACAUUUUUCUCGGUCAGCAGUUCUUAGUAGGAUAGGAAGAGAGAGGCUGGUCCAUUCUUUUACAUUAUCCAGCCAGCUUUUCUUGGACCUUUUCUUCAUGCUCCCUCUAUUGUACCUUGAAGGAUGUCUUUAGACAGCGAGACAUGUCUUACAAUUAUGACCACACCACCUCAGCUUUCAUCUCUUCACAGUAUUGAGUUCCUCCUUUUUGCCAGCCUGAGUGUUGACUUGUAACAAUGCAAACUCAUUUGUCUUCUUUUUUCUGGUAUGUGAUUCCCAGCAUUAUUCUGUAACAUUUGCUCUCAAAGGCUUGAAUUCUUUCAGUGUCCAACUUUCACAAUCAUAUAGAAGUACAGAAACCACUAGCAAAGAAUACAGCUUUAAUUUUACUUGGAAGCUGACGUUACUCUUCCAUAUUUUCCACAGCUUGCUCAUGGCAACAGAUGCCAAGCUUAGGUGGGUUUUUCUCUUUCAUUUAUCCUCCAUCUCUUGUUAUGCUUGACCAUAGGUAGUUAAAUCAGCCAACUUCUAAUGUUGGGCCACUCAACUGUAUAUGACAUCUCGUACUAAUCCCACCACAAACUUGUAUUUUUCUUUUUUUUUCCUGCAUAUUUUGGUUACUAUUGAAGUAAUAGACUCUGUAUGUAUCCGUGGACAUCUCAUAAGUUCAAAUUAAUUGCCUAAAACAAAAAAUUCUAAUAGAAUAAUAAUAGCAUCUGAAGUAGAGGUUACUACUUUUGCAAACAAAAGAUACUCAAAAAAAAAUCAAUCUUGAUCUCAGAAUUGUCAUGCUGUAUCUUAAAAGAUGCAGAAUCUAAUUUCCUGUCAGAUUCCUCCUGCUGGAUAUGCUUGGGACCACACAGCCACCUCAUGAUGAUUGAAACAUGCACAUAACAAAUAUUAUUGACAUGGGAAAAUGACAAUAACUAAAAGUUUAGUGUUGAGGAUUUUGUAUCUGUUUAAUUGUAGAGGUGUGCUUUUUUUUUAAAAGGGAUGAUAAUGUGCUGUCGUACAAAUACUGUCAGAAGGAUUGUACCUACUUUAUGGGGACACUUAAUUUUUUUUACAAGUAUUGUUAAGGUUACCAUGUGACCGUUGUGUGUUGUGCAUUUUAUGUCAUUAGUAUUAUAUGUAACCAGUUAACCUUUUCUUUUCCUUGUGAAAUUUCAACAUUUUUCUUAAAUCUAGCAGCACCAAUGGCCAAACUCAUGGCUAGUAUUGUCAAGUUAUUUUAGGUUAACUUCUAUUUCCUGUGACUUAAGUUGCUGAUUUGCAUUAACUUUUUUCCCUUCUGUCUACUAUUAAAAACUUGUUAUAAGUUUUAUUUAUUAUAUAGAUAUUUUUUGGGGACAUUGUUUUUUUAAAGACAACGUGGAAGUGAAACUUUUAUUCAUCUUCUAAAAUAUAAAUUUGAACUCUGCCACUAAGUACCAAUGACAAGUCAUUUGAUAAGGGUUUAAAAUCUAAAAACAAUGUCAUCUAAACAUGAAAUGAAGGGAAUAUCAAUUCUAUUCUUUUGGUUUACAAAAUGAUUCUUUUUUAUAAAAUUGUAGCUUGUUUGAUAAGUUUAAGUAGAAAUAAAGGCGUUUGUCUUUUAAAAAAAACACUGUUGUAAUUACAUAGUUUUCUCCAUUUAUUUUACUUAUGUACUUAUAGUUAUGUAACAAUUGUAUUUGUAUUUAAACAUUACAAUCACAAUGAGCCAUGAUUUUGUUUUGCUAAAUAAUUUAAAUUAUUUAAGGCUUGAUAUUGAGAUAUUCUAAUACAUUUCAACCGUUAGUAUAAUAAAACUAGAUUGUGCUACUUUUAUUUGUGCAAGAAUAAAAGAAACUUAACAGCUUUCUUUGUAUACAUAAAUUCUAUGUUCUAUGAACAUUGGUGGAUGUAUUGUUUUAUAGGAAUCAUUUUUUUUCUGUGAGAUUAAUAAACUUUGUUGUCUCUAUAGAA